AUGUCAUUCUAUCCGCCAUGUUUCAUCCGCCCAAGUCGAAGCAAGACCUGGUCCAAGAUCAUCCAACGAUGCAAUAUACAACCUCCGCGACCGGUGAUGGCCGGCCCAUCACGACUCAUGGGAAACACUACUGCUUGGCGGGUUUUGCACAAUAAACGCACGGGUUACUUGCAACCAAUUCACACUGCUGGCAGACUAGAGGACAAAAAUCCGGGCUCAGGGCGGAUUUAUGAUUUAUCUCUCCAGCUCUCACAACGACCAAUGAAUGGAAACGCAUUGAUGCAGUACACACUGUAUAACAGUAAUGGCGCUGCAGCGCUCGUCAGCAAGCUGACCAAACUCGGGAUUACGGACAUGUAUGGCGUGAGUACGCGUGAUCUGCGCGUCUUUGACCUGCCGUCCAUUGGGUUCCCGUACAUCCUUGUCCGGGAAAGUACAAUAGUAAUCCAUCUGUUUGACUUGCGGUUACUGGUGCAGCAUGAUCAGGUGCUGUUGUUUCAUAUUGCCGAAUCGCCCAAUCCCGGCCACGACAAUGGCAACAGCAACGGGCCACGAGGCAUCACUGAUGGCGAUGACCAUAGUGUGUCGCGCGUUUUCAGUCACAACCUCGAAGGAAAGCUACGUGGCGGCCAUGGAUUGGGCUUGGCAUUGAUCCAGCCCUACGAGCUACGGGUGGUAGAAGCUGCACUUGCAUCAGUAACAUCAGUACUCGAAGCAGAAUACAUGUUGAUCGAGCAACAACUCUCAAAUGCUCUGAAAAAGAGUGACCUGGAUACGUUGGACAAGGAAGAAAAUGUCAUCCAUAGUAAACUACGCAUAAUCCUCGACCUUACGCGGAAGCUCGCAAGUAUUGAAAAACGCGCACGCCAGGUGCGGGAUGUCGUGCAGGAAGUACUAAAUGAGGAUGAAGACAUGGCCAACAUGUACCUGACCGAUAAGAAGGCCGGAAAGCCCCAUGCGUUGGAGGAUCACCAGGAUGUCGAGUAUUUAUUCGAGGCCUACUUCAAAGCAAGCGACGCCGUUGUCCAGGAAGCAGCGAGUCUGAUGGACAAUAUUCAUCGCACAGAAGAAACAAUUCAGUCCACCCUGAGCGUGCGACGGAACCAGAUUAUGGUGUUGGAAGCAAAGAUUGAGAUUCUUAUGCUGGCUCUCGCGUGGGCCACUCUUGUUGCGGGUUGGUAUGGCAUGAAUGUGAUCAACUAUUCCGAGGAGACUGCAAAUGCUUUCUCCGUAAUAGUCUCGCUCUCAAUUACUGGCGUGCUCUCGGCUUCAUGGUAUGGAAUGCGGAAGUUACGACGUAUCAACAAGUUACGGUUAUAA